GCGGAUCUCCCCCUGCGGGCGGACCGACGCUCCUCUGGUCGUAUACUUAUGACCCACUUGGGCAUAUGAGUCGAUUGUAACACUUGCUUCCCACCAGCAUCCCGCCAUGGUCGUGCAAACAAAGACACCCAUCGAUCUCCUCGCGCUCCCCGACAAGGAACGCCUCGUCGCUGAGUACGGCGGCAAGGGGCUAAAUGAGGUCCGCACACCAGCGUUCGUAAUCGACCGUAAGGUGUUCGCGGAUAACUGCGCGAAGAUGCACAUCAGGGCGAAGGACUGGGAUGCAAGCUUUCGGGCACACCUGAAGACGCACAAGACGGCGGAGGGCUCGAAGUUGCAGAUGGUGUCGAGGGCGGACAAGACAUCCGCAGUGGUCGUGUCGACCCUCAUGGAGGCAUGGAGCGUUGUGAAGGCUGGUCUGUUCAAGGACGGCACUAUUCAGGAUCUCCUGUACGGGCUGCCGAUAGGAGUGAACAAGGUCCAAGACGUGUCCGACUUGUGGGAUGAAGUAGCGCCUAGCGGCGGUGUCAUCAGGCUGCUCGUCGACCACCCAGAUCAAGUGAAGUUCCUGGAGGAGUUCGAGAGCAAAAGGGAAAAGCCGAGGAAAUGGUCGGCCUUUGUGAAGAUUGACGGUGGCCAGAAGCGCGCGGGCGUUGGCCCCAAGUCAAGCAUGAUCGAAGAGUUACUGAAGACAUUGGCAAAGUCACCGGCAGUAUCCAUUUACGGCUUCUACGCGCACGCCGGCAACGCAUACGCUUCGACGUCGCAAUCGGAGGCUUCGAAGUUCUUGACCGGAGAGGUCAACUCUGUGAACGACGCGGCCGAAUUCGCCGCCUCGAUCCUGGGCGAGGACGUGAAGAACCACCAACAACCGUUCGUCUUGUCCGUUGGUUCCACACCGACAGCACACUCUGCAAGCACAGAGACACGGGCCAAGGUCUCGACAUUGUUGCAUGGAAAGUUGGAGCUGCAUGCAGGAAACUACCCCAUGCUCGAUCUCCAGCAACAAAGCACUUCCAUGAUUGGCGGGGGAAACAUUGCGCAGAAGGUAAUUGCAACUGUCGUCUCGAUCUACCCUGGCCGAGCCGAGGAUGGUGGAGACGAGGCGAUCGUCGACGCCGGUGCGAUCGCCUUCAGCAAGGACACAGGCCCUUCGGGUGGGUAUGGCGACGUUGUGGGGAAGAAUUGGCGCGUGGGCCGCAUGUCGCAAGAACACGGCAUCCUCACGAAGAAGUCGGAUGGGCCUGCAGAGAAGCUCUCGCUGGGAGAUACGCUUGAGAUUGUCGGGCAGCACGCAUGCUUGAUUGCGGCCGCGUAUCCGUGGUACUACAUCGUCGACUCGGACGUCGAGCAGGGGAAGAAGAUUGUGGACGUCUGGGUGCCGUGGAAGGGCUGGUAGAGGAUAUGUAGCAGUAAUUUAUGGUGGACUCCAGGCAAUGACAUGACGGUCGCGGAAAGAGGCUUGCGCGC